CAAUUACAUUUUUUCGAACGAUGCUACAGAAUGGACAAGUGCAAGUGUUCAUCAGUUCCCUUGAUACUUGUGUUGAUUUUAGGUUGUGCAACAAUCCGAAAUGUCAAAAGCCAAACUUCGUCGGCUAUACCUGAGAUUAUUCAGAGCUGUUAUAGGAGCAAUUUCACGAUCAUCUCUAGGCCACCGUUGACAAUGCAACUCCUCAUCGAGAUCAUCAAGAAAAUUGAGGUGGACGACAGGAAUUCCGUCAAUAUGAGAUUAUUAGUUACUUCGAUGCUGCAUGGGGUAUUAUUCAACGGGAUCAGGAGAACCCAAAAAGUGUCAGACGACGAAAACAUAAUUCCCUAUCGAGCUACAGCUGAAGAGUUUUACAAUUACAAAGUGAUCACAGAUUACUUGAUACCAGGACAAAUAGAGCUGUUUCCGAGGGAUUCUCUCAGCGUUUCCCAGUUAUGUUUACUCCACUCUAUUAUUUCGAGCACUGUCGAUCCUUCAGAGAGAGGCGAUGAAAGUUCAACAUGCGACGAUAGAUCGAGCAUGCCCCUGGAAAUAGGAGAAUUGGGCAGCAUCACCCCGAGCAGCUGUCCCCUUCAAAAGGGCACCGUCAAAACCAAAUGGGGCUCCAUAUCGGUCACCCAUCUGAUCACAGCCAUAGCCGCAGGCCUUCAGCGCAAUCCGGUGCCUUUUUCCCGCGUAGUCCAAGGCAUCCAAAAAGAAAAAGAAGAAGAACGCACUUCCGAUCCUCGCGCAGCCAUCUUGCCCAUCGCGAGCGAUGCCAUGGCAGACGCGAUUUGGGUAGCUACCUUGGCGGGAGAUAUGGCCAAGGCCAUCUUGAAUCAGGCCAGCGGGACCCCGGUUAUAGGAACUGCGGGGUUCUGGAACGAUACGCUUCUGCCUCGAGCUUUCUACCUCAAGUCUAACGCUUGGGACCUGACUGAAGCUGGAAUUUUGGCAGGGAUCGACGGUGCGAUAUUGGGAAGUCACGUGAGAGAAUGGCUCAAUAUUCUGGAUAGCAUCAGGCUGUCCCAAAUUUUAGAUAUGUAUUAUUCAGAGAGAGGCAUACCCUUUAACUUCGGAUACAGAGCCAAUAAUCGAAGCAUCAGCUUCAACUCCUUACUUGAUGGUGUGAAUUUGACAGAACAGAUAAUCGGCUCAGGCAAAUUGCUGCAAGCCAUAGGACGUUUCGGAGUCAGCAUGGCAGACGAAGCUCUUGAGAAAUUCGCCGGGAUGGCUUCUAGCCAUCUCAAAUCUGUAGCAGGGGAAAUAGCGAAUAAAUACGAUAGAAUUGAAUAUUUGAAUGGUCAUCAAAUGAUGGCUCCCAUUGAACUCAUUGUCAUUCUCGAUGGUACUUUCGAAGACUACAGAGCCCUACAAAUGAUACAUUCCUUAUCAGAGGCCAUUCAUGUGUCCUAUCAUGGAAGCAAGUUAGGAAUUAUAAAUGGGGAAUCUGGAAACUGGAUGGUAAACGUUACCGGAGAGGUGUUCCAGAUUUUUAAGGAUUUGAACGACCCGAAAGAUGGAUGGCCAGAAAAGCUGUCUUUAGGCAGAAGCCUUCAAACAGUGAUCUCCUACUAUCAAAACCAAACCUACACGAACUGCUCCGAAACCAAACCGAAACCGUACGCCCAAGCAGUGCUCGUGUUCAGCGAACAAGGCAGACUCUCUGACCUCGACCUCGAGACAUCCAGGCAAUCCAUAGGCACGAUCAAGGCAGCCAGCCCGGCAGCCAGAAUCCUAUACGUGACUCCCAGAGAGGAGAACUCUUUGAAGCGACUUCUUCAGAGCAACGACUUCUUGCUAUCGAAGCUGUCCGACGAUGUGGCUUCGAUCGUUCACGAAGUGACUAGUAGGCUAAGUGACAUUCCGGCCAAUAUCGUCAAGUUCUAUUGCGAUGGCGGACGAGCAGAGUUUGAGGAUUACAUAACUCCCGAUGUGGAGAGUUUUUACGAAGUUCACAGAGGGUACAUCGGUAGAGGAGCCGUUGGCACCAAGUUCGUGAAUAGCAAUUAUGGCGACCUGAUGAUCUGUGCCUUCAGAUCAAACUCCGUCGACGAGAGGAUAUGCAAAGGAUUAACCGUUAACGAAGAGCUGAGCUUCGAUUCGAAAGAUUUCUGCACGCCAGAAUCACCGUGCGACGUACGGUUCGCCGUCACAGCGAAUUCCAGUCGGAUCAGAUGUGCAGAAUAUGAUUGCAGAUAUCCUGACCAAAUAAGGAUGGACAUCAAGUACACGUACACAGCAAGGGGAUCCGUAUUUGUAGCAAAUAUUCUACUUACCAUUUCAAUUAGUUCAGUGCUGAUUGUAAAUUAUUGAUCUGAAUAUUUUAUAAGUGCCCGCACAUUGAAGCUGUUUUGGCUACUUCUCAAGAAAAUCUUUUUUCAA